AUGGAUGAGCGAUCAUCAAAACGGCGACGGACCAGCGGCGCCGCAGACGUGUCGAGCCCCAGCCGAGAAGACCGCGCAACACCGCGGUCGCGACGCCGCCGCCCGUCGAAUGAGUCGCCGACCAGAGCCAGCACAAUGCGCCAGAAUCCAGAGAUUGUAGAGCGCGAAGAAGCUCCAGCUGCGGCAGAGACCUCCGCCGCGCAGACUGCGGAGCAAACAGCCACUGCCAGCGAACAGCAAACACCACCACGCCGUCGGCUAGCCCGUGGGGGGAUUUUAGCACCGCCGGGACAGGAACAACCGCCGCCAGCCCUGCCCACGAGAACGAGCACAGCAUCACGAGCCGAAACAACACGAACAAGGACGACAGAAAAGCCGACCGCUAAAUCUGUGCCCAGGACAGGUCGUCCCGAGCCAGCUGCUGGCACGGCUGCCGCCCCGCCGCAAGCCGAGCCAGAGCUACCCCCCGCCAGACCAGACCCUGUCACAUCUUCACCGUCCAGGGGCAUACACGGCAGCCCAUCGCGUUGGCUAACAAGGGCAAAGCAAAAAUCCUCGCCCCUCAAGCAGCCACCGAUGCGGCCCGGCGAAGAGGAGCGGCCACAGCCAGUGCCGACGCCUCAGGCGCUGCAGCGUCGCCCGAACCCACCCGCCGCAGACAGCACCGAUGAACGACCACGCGAUACAGAACAUCCCGACCCGGCGCGAAACGUGUCGAUGCAGGACCCGGACAAGGUAAAGGAGCGGAACGCGCUGCGCGAGGAGCUUGCGCAGCUGCAGAGGGACCUGGAGAUGGCGACGCAGGAGAAUGCGCGGCUGCUCAGCACGCAAAAUACGGGACGCUACGCUGCGUCAGGGAACAAGGAUAAGAUUCUGGACCUCUUGCGGCGGUCGCUGAUUCCUGCGGAUCCUCUGACGCUGCAGCCGCAGUCGCAGCAGCUCAUGCUGGCGGCACUCAAUCCCAUCGGUCUCCUGCCCUUUAGCAGACCGGUGGCCACGCUGGUGCCGGACAAGGACGACAGCAAAGACAUUGCGUCGCACCACCCCAUCGAGAUGUCGGCCGAGGAAGAACUCGGCUAUCUAAAGGUGUUUAGCCCCUUUGACGUGACAUCCAGCAUCGCCGCGCUGCCCGCCACGCGGGAGCACCCGUUCCGCCAACGGCGUCUUCUUACGCUGCGCGACAGAGAGCGUCUGUUUCAAGCGCGCGUCGAGCUCAUUGUUAACCCCGUGACGCUCGCCAUCCUCGAGCUCCGCGUCCUGUCGCUCGAGCCCGCCGCCGCCGCCGAGCUGCAGCCCUUUGUCGACACCAUCUGCGAGGGCCCCUGCAACAGGAGCAUGCAGCGCAACGUGGGCGUGCUCUUUUGGGCCAUGGCCGAGUGGCGGCGCGCCGCCGUCGAGCGCGCAGAGACGUGGGCGCGCCUCGACGCAGAGGUGCUCGCCAAGGGCGGGCCGGCGCAGGCAGCGGCGGCGAUGCGUCGACAAGCCGAGCAGAGCGGCGAAAAGGUGGCGGCGCCGCCGCCGGAGCGGGAGCGAAUCGUGCUCAGGGGCGCCGAUCUGAGGUACUUGAUGGGCAAGCAGGCGUACGACAUGCCGAUUGAAGCGGGGGAAAGUCAGAGGGACCAUGCUCAUGUACGGCUUGAGUGGAAGAUUGGCUUUGACUGGACGGGCGAGGCGGAAAGUAAGCUCGCGAUUCUAGAAGGCGUGCCGGGAAAGUGGAGACGAGCCGAUCGCCGUGGCAGCUUGGGCAAGCUGGGAGGCCUAUUUCGAGAUUUGGUGCAGCGUGGCGAGGAUAUAGAUGUCGCUGCACGCAAGGUCGCAGCCCUACUGGUCGACGCCAAUGUUUGA